AUGUCUCAACCAUUAUUCCUGUGGGAUCCAUUCGCGAUCUGUGAAGGACCGCGCGAGAAAGACAGACUUUGCUGCGGCCUUACCAAGCGAGGAACUCGUUGCCAACUCCUCGUAACGGAGGACGUCCACAAUGCCGGCGUGAAGAUGCUGCAUACCUUAGCAUGCCAGCCCUUUGACCUCCCCGCUCUUCAGAACAAGCUGCCUGACAUCGUCGCCCAUUUUCUUUGCAAACGGUGGCAUCGUAGACUUCAAGCGGACGAGGUCCGGAAGCAGUGGGAAGCAGCGACCAUCCGCAAUCAAGCCCAGGUACAAACACCCCGACACAGAAGCGUGACAAGAACUUCUGGGCGGGUACUAUCUCCCGAAGGUCGCUUUCGUGGUGAUCCAACGGAAUUGAAUAAUCCAGGAUCAUCUGGCUGCCUGAACCCUCUUCAGUCAACGCCGACUAGAGAACCAGGAGAGUCGUCGCAGGCCUCUGAUCCAGAACUGACAGAGGUAGCUUUGCGAGAGAAUCGAGUUCCUUGGGUGAUUUCAAGAGCCCGUCCGGCUGUGUUGUCUAUCCAAACUGAAAGCGGCAAUGACCGUGAAAAGGUCUUUCUUUGCCUACAGAGUUUCCGUCCAACGUCGAGUUUAAGACACGAGUGCUGUGGAGUUUGUCAUGGGGAAGACCCGGAUGAGCCUAUAGUCCUAAAACCAUUCCACGCAUACUAUGACACGCCGACAGCCGAGGCCAUAUGGUCUCAACAGCAGCAGUCAGCUACGGGUACAGAUGAUUCGACUCGCACCACCACAACGCGGGACAAUCCGCAGCCACUCGGCUCAACUACGACUCCUGUUGAGGUUGGCCUUUCGACUGCAAGUGGGUCGUUAGCGAGUGCGCACACGACACCUCACCCGCCAGAGCACGAAGAGUAUCAGCGUCUACCCAUUAUCUCUGCGCCCGCAAAUCCGCAGCCACCGCGCCGAUCCUCUCGAGCGAGACGAGCUCCCAAUCGUUACGAGCCGUAG